AUACUCACAACCAGAUGCCGCUGUCGCAGCUGUCACUGUCAAAGUUUGACGUUUGGUCGACAUCCGUUUUUCCGUCUUUUUCGGCUUAAAAUCGGUCGCUAUCAAAAGGGCAAAAUGUCGCUCGUCGUACCAGAAAAGUUCCAACACAUCUUGCGUAUCAUGAAUUCCAACAUUGAUGGUAAACGCAAAGUUGGUAUUGCCAUGACCGUAAUUAAGGGUGUCGGUCGCCGUUACUCCAACAUUGUGUUGAAGAAGGCCGAUAUUGAUUUGACCAAACGUGCCGGUGAAUGUACCGAAGAGGAGGUUGAGAAGAUCGUCACCAUCAUCUCCAACCCAUUGCACUACAAAGUUCCCAACUGGUUCUUGAACAGACAAAAGGAUAUCAUUGAUGGUAAAUACAAUCAAUUGACCUCCUCGAAUUUGGAUUCCAAAUUGCGUGACGAUUUGGAACGUUUGAAGAAGAUCCGCUCUCACCGUGGUCUCCGUCACUACUGGGGUCUCCGUGUCCGUGGUCAACACACCAAGACAACCGGUCGUCGUGGUCGCACUGUCGGUGUAUCCAAGAAGAAGUAAA